AAGGUCAGCUACUUCAAAGAAAGCACUCUUCUAAGGGGAAGCAACUAAGUUCAGCCGCUUUGAAGCUGCCUGUUUUUCUAGCCUUUGAAGUUUAAAGUGGCUGUUUUAUACAAAGGGAAGAAAAUGGAGUUACUUUGGCUAUUACAAUUUGGGGUACUCCAUUUGGGGCCAUUACAACAGAUAGAAAAUACCUGAAGCUUUCAAAUCCUGCCUCAGAGUAAUGAUUUUCAUUUAGGGCAAAUCCGGCCCAAGAUGGCGAAACACUGAUGCACCUGUGUUUGUGUAUAUGUGUGACUGUGUGAAGGGGGAACAAGUGUAAAGUGGGGUUAUGCCCCUAACUUUCGCCUUCAUUGUCGCGGUGACUAAGAUAGUGCUAGGAUGCCAAGUUAGGGAGGCAAAUCUAGUAGGGGUCAAAUUAUGGCACCGGGACACCCGUGUGCCAUUCAUUCACGGACUUGGCGGAGAGCCCAGAGUUUCUGAGCAGUGCUUUGGGCACGGGGAGAAGGUGAACGGAGCACAACAGUCUUGGUUCUCACGGCCUCAGUUUCCCAUUUUAGAGGGAAGAUUAGAAGAGUUGCCCAGCUGGGACUCACCCAUUCCUUACUUCCCAUGCCGCCAGGCUGCCUUUGCGCCUCACUUCCGGCCUCCACGCUUCACUUCCGGCUCGUACCUCCCGCAGUCCUUCCGCUUCUCUAUGGUUACGGAGCCGCAGUCUCUCUGCCGUCGGAAUUUGCUCGCUGACUGAAAAGCGUGAGGCGUCGACCGGUGAGCAGGGACGGCGGAGGGCGGCCCGUGCGGCCUGCGGUGAAGAGGGCGCGCCCUCUGUAUUUCCUUCUGACUUGGAGGAACAACAAUGUCAUCAGAAUCCAGCAAAAAACGCAAACCCAAAGUGAUCCGAAGCGAUGGCGCUCCAGCUGAAGGAAAACGGAGUCGGUCUGACACUGAGCAGGAAGGCAAAUACUACAGUGAGGAAGCCGAAGUUGACCUGCGGGACCCUGGCAGAGACUAUGAGUUAUACAAGUACACUUGCCAAGAGCUACAAAGAUUGAUGGCUGAGAUCCAGGACCUAAAGAGCAGGGGUGGAAAGGAUGUGGCUUUCGAAAUUGAAGAACGAAGGAUCCAAAGCUGUGUGCAUUUCAUGACUCUAAAGAAGCUUAACCGAUUAGCACACAUCAGGUUAAAGAAAGGAAGAGAUCAGACCCAUGAGGCUAAGCAGAAAGUUGAUGCUUAUCACCUGCAGCUACAGAACCUGCUUUAUGAAGUGAUGCACCUGCAAAAGGAGAUCACCAAAUGUCUCGAGUUUAAGUCAAAGCAUGAAGAAAUCGAUCUGGUUACCUUAGAGGAAUUUUAUACAGAGGCUCCACCAAACAUCAGCAAGGCCGAAAUCACGAUGGGAGACCCUCAUCAACAGACCCUGGCACGUCUGGACUGGGAGCUGGAGCAGCGGAAAAGGCUGGCAGAGAAGUACCGAGAGUGUCUGUCCAACAAGGAGAAGAUCCUGAAGGAGAUUGAGGUGAAGAAGGAGUACCUGAGCAGCCUUCAGCCUCGCCUCAACAGCAUCAUGCAGGCUUCCCUCCCAGUGCAGGAAUACCUGUUCAUGCCAUUUGACCAGGCUCACAAGCAGUAUGAGACUGCCAGGCACCUGCCACCUCCCCUCUACGUGCUCUUUGUCCAGGCCACUGCAUAUGGUCAGGCCUGUGCUCAUAUGAAAUCCUCCUCCCAGCCCCCUAGACAGGAUAAGACAUUGUCUGUGGCAAUUGAAGGCAGUGUGGAUGAAGCCAAAGCUCUCUUCAAGCCCCCUGAGGACUCUCAAGAUGACGAGAGUGACUCAGAUGCUGAGGAAGAGCAGACCACGAAACGGCGGCGACCCACACUCGGGGUUCAGUUGGAUGACAAGCGCAAGGAGAUGCUGAAGAGGCACCCGCUAUCUGUUUUGCUUGAUCUGAAGUGUAAAGACAGCAGUGUGCUUCACCUGACUUUCUACUACCUCAUGAACCUCAACAUCAUGACAGUAAAAGCCAAAGUGACAACUACCAUGGAGCUGAUCACCCCCAUCAGUGCAGGAGACUUGCUGUCUCCUGACUCAGUCCUGAGCUGUCUGUAUCCUGGGGAUCAUGGGAAAAAAACUCCGAAUCCAGCCAAUCAGUAUCAGUUCGACAAAGUUGGCAUCCUGAGUUUGAGAGACUAUGUACUUGAAUUAGGCCACCCCUAUUUGUGGGUACAGAAGCUUGGUGGCCUCCACUUCCCCAAAGAACAGCCUCAGCAUACAGUGAUGGCCGACCAUUCACAAAGCGCCAGCCACAUGGAGACCACCAUGAAACUGCUCAAGACCAGGGUGCAGUCCCGCCUGGCUCUCCACAAACAGUUUGCAUCUCUGGAACAUGGCAUUGUGCCAGUCACCAGUGAUUGCCAGUGCCUCUUCCCUGCCAAGGUUGUUUCUCACCUGGUAAAGUGGGUGAUGAUUCCCCAUGAAGAUUACAUGGAUCUGCUUUUCACUAAGGACAUUGUAGAGGCAGGACUGGCUGGGGACACCAAUCUCUACUAUCUGGCACUUAUUGAAAGAGGCACAGCCAAACUUCAGGCUGCUGUGGUAUUGAACCCUGGUUACUCCUCCAUCCCACCCAUUUUCCGGCUCUGUCUGAAUUGGAAAGGGGAGAAAACCAAUAGCAACGAUGACAACAUUCGGGCUAUGGAGAGUGAGGUCAACGUGUGCUAUAAGGAGCUGUGUGGUCCCCGGCCCAGCUACCAGCUCUUGACCAACCAGCUGCAGAGACUAUGUGUGCUGUUGGAUGUCUACCUGGAGACUGAGAGCCAUGAUGACAGUGUAGAAGGGCCCAAGGAAUUUCCCCAGGAGAAGAUGUGCUUGCGGCUUUUCAGGGGUCCAAGCAGGAUGAAGCCAUUUAAAUAUAAUCAUCCUCAAGGAUUUUUCAGCCAUCGCUGACCUUUCUGUCAUUCCCCCAAGGCCCUACCCUGAGUCUGUGUCUCUACUUUCUGCUCUCACCACAUGUGGUUCUUGAUAUUUUUCCAAAGACACUAGCUGAUUAAAGUGUCACCUAACCAAA